AUAUGAUGAAUUUGCUGAAUCUUAUUAUUAUGUAGAUAACGAUCCUGAAGAAGUAAGCGCAUAUAAAGAGAUUGAAGAUAUGUUGAAAAAUAUUAGAAAAAAGAUUAGAAAAGAUAUUAAA